AUGGUUCAGAAUUGUUUAAUCUGCGCGCGAGAGAGAGAGAAAGAGAGAGAGAUGCAUGGCGUUUUGUAUUCAGUCGGGAUUUUAGGGCACUGACUGUAAAUGAUUCAUCUUUUUCUGGGAUAUUUCACUUAUAUUUGCUCAUAAUGGACGUGUUGUGUUUUUCCUCGUGGAUCUUGUGGUUGGGGUGGAUGAUGGGGAACAGAUCGGCCAGAGCCAUGCUGAGUGACAUCGGUGACUAUGUGGGCACAGACAUCGAGAUAUCCUGGUUGCCAAAUCUAGAUGAUUUGAUGAAAGGUUACGCUCGAAACUUUCGGCCAGGCAUCGGAGGACCUCCUGUAAACGUGGCCAUGGCUGUUGAAGUAGCCAGUAUUGACCACAUCUCAGAAGCCAACAUGGAAUACACCAUGACAGUGUUUCUACGUCAGAGCUGGAGAGAUGAUCGUCUGUCCUACAACCACACAAAUAAGACUCUGGGUCUGGACAGCCGCUUUGUAGACAAACUCUGGGUACCAGACACGUUCAUUGUGAAUGCCAAAUUCGCCUGGUUUCAUGAUGUUACGGUGGAGAACAAGCUCAUACGCUUGCAGCCUGACGGAGUCAUUCUGUACAGCAGCCGAAUAACAUCUACAGUGGCCUGUGACAUGGACCUAACCAAAUACCCCAUGGAUGAACAGGAAUGCAUGCUGGACCUGGAAAGCUAUGGUUACUCUUCAGAAGACAUUGUUUAUCACUGGUCAGACAGUCAGAGACAAAUCCACGGACUGGACAAGCUGGAGCUGUCCCAGUUUACCAUCACAGAUUAUAAUUUUGUGACUGAAAUUAUGAACUUUAAAUCUGCGGGUCGGUUUCCGCGACUCAGCUUGCGCUUCCAGCUACGACGGAAUCGAGGAGUAUACAUCAUCCAGUCCUACAUGCCCUCCAUCCUGUUGGUCGCCAUGUCAUGGGUUUCCUUCUGGAUCAGCCAAUCAGCUGUGCCUGCUAGGGUUUCUUUAGGGAUCACGACAGUUCUCACUAUGACGACACUGAUGGUUAGCGCUCGCUCGUCGCUGCCCCGCGCCUCUGCCAUCAAAGCUCUGGACGUGUAUUUCUGGAUCUGUUAUGUCUUUGUAUUCGCUGCCUUGAUUGAAUAUGCUUUUGCUCACUAUAAUGCAGACUACAGCAAGAAGGAGAAAGCCAAAGUCAAGAGCAACAAGAGCAGCGAGUCUAUGGUGAAGAAUGGAAAGCAGGCCAUGGUUCUCUUCUCUCUGUCCGUGGCUGGCAUGAAUCAGGGCCUCCUCAUCUCAAAGAGACAGAGCCGAGCCCAGCGGUCCGCGGAGGCUCCCCCCAACGUGCAGGAGGACAACAGCGAGGUGCGUGGCGCUCAGUCCCGUCGAGCGCAGAAAGAAAGCGGCGAAGACAAGAAAUGCUGCAAAUGCAAACCCAUCGAUGCUGACACCAUCGACAUCUACGCUCGUGCCGUCUUCCCUUUCACCUUCGCCGUGGUCAACGUCAUCUACUGGGUGGCAUACACCAUGUGAAUGACUCCCUUCUGCAUGUACACACAUCUAUGCCAUAUCAUGAGGUUUUCAUACAGUAUAUCAACAUUAUGAAACUCUAUGAUUUAUGAAAACUGCUUAUGAAUAUAUUUAUGCACUGGUGUUGUGUAGGUUCUUGAAUGCUUGCGUUAAAUUAUAUUUGGGAGGAGCAAAGUUUUGCUUUCUUAUAGCUGUUCUGCUCUUAGUUGCCCUUCAAUCUGUAUUUCCCUCUCUUCUUCUUCUUCAUUAUGUUUGCAUCAGAAUAUUUUCUAUCUAUCUUUGCUGGUACGAGUGAAUGAUGUUCUAAUAAAGCUGAACUUGGAAUGA